AUGAAAUCUAGAAAAGAAAUACUAAUAUCCAUUUAAUUAUAACUACAUUAACUUACUUUGUUAUUCAAACAACAUAGAGUAUUUAGAUUACUUUUAAAAAAUAAAAUAACUAAUUAAUAUUCAACCAAAUAAUACUUUCUAUAAUUAUAAGGAAUGAUAAAUAGAAAUAUCUUUAAUUGUCUUAAAUUUAGAAUAUAGAUUUAAAUAACAAUAAAGUGCAAAAAUAUCGAAAAUAUAAAAAUAUUUAUUAUUCUGAUUAAAAAUAUUAGUAACGAUAGUUCAAAUUAGAAUCACAUUUCUUAAAUGUUUCAAUUACAAUAUGUUUAGUAGGUAAAAAACAGAUCAAUUAUCUCAGAAUAAGUCUAAUUUAAAUAAUAUAAAAGGAUAUUCAGUAAAUUUGACUAAAUAACAUCGUUUCAUCCAAUACCAGAAGUAAAAUUGUUUAUAAUAAUGAGUUCAAUUACUUUUAUCGUCUACUCUAUUGAAUCUCUGAGUCAGAUUAAGUUGAGUUGA